AUGAACGAGCUAAAAGCGCCGUCUCUACAGUCGCUCUUGGAGUCAGAUCAUGGAUCCAGCGAUAGUUUACUGGCAGAAUCUUUGCUUGAUGUGGAAGAUUUAGAUGAUGUGGAAUAUUCAAUUCCACCUACUAAUACCUUGCCUACGUUGGAGUCAGCUUUAAGUGAAUUUGAAGCAGACUCUGAUAUCGGCUCGGAAUUGGGCGUACCAGUACCGGCUCCAACGCCAACGCCCUCAAUAGCAGAGGAGGGUGGAGUUCGCAAUGGUGGUGCGGGAGGUGGAGGUUCUAUAAUGCGUUAUGCCAUGUUGCAGGGUGUCUCGACCCAAAUAGCUUCAGCAGCGGAUCGGGUAAAUGCUGGACUUGCCACAGCCUGCGCUGUUUCUACGUUAAUUGCCAUUGGUACAUCACACGGUCACAUUCUCAACUUUGAUAUUACUCAGACUUUACGCUGGGCCCAUCAGGACAAACACGGACAAGGCGCGGUAUCUGCGUUAGCAUAUAAUCCCGAUUGCUCACGACUUUUAGCUGGUUUUGCUCGCGGACUAGUCAUUAUGAUUGAUACACAAUCCGGAGAUGUGUUGCGCAACUUGUUUGAUGUGAUCACUCCAAACACAGGAGUUCUGCAUAUAAAGUGGACCUCCAGACCAGCUCUCGCUCUUUGUUCUGACUCUGGGGGCUCAGUGUGGUCAUUGAGCUUCACCCGUAAAUUGGGCAUACGUGGUUGUUCAUCACGCUGCCUUUUUAGUGGCGCACGUGGAGAGGUUUGCACCUUGGAGCCAUUAAUGAUUGACAGCUCCCACGAACUAGAUCAGUACUGCAUUGUUGCUUUAGCUACAUUAUCAAAAUAUUUCAUUGUAACCAUACGUCCGCGGUUAAAGGUAAUAAAGUACCAUGCUCUACAAGGACCAGCUGAUUGUUUACCGCUGCUGGCUUGGCAAAUGGUUUUAAUACAAGCAGCGGAUACCACGCGCUCUGUUGAUCCAGUUAUUGUAGUUGGUCGUGGCAACCAGCUAUUUUUCCAUCAACUUUUUAUGGCAAAUGGUCGUAUCACUUUGCUUUAUCUUCGUCAUGUGCAAAUGCAAACAAAUUUAUUAUCUGUCCAUUGGCUAGGACCAAAGUGUGUUGCAUGCAUGGAUAUCUCAGAAAUAUUACAUCUAAUAGAUGUGCGCUCCAGUAAAGAGCUUGAAUGUAUCGACAUGGCCAAUGCUGGAUUGGUAUACGGAUCGGCUCAGUUCAAGGGACUUGCCACUGGCGGUAAUGUAUCACCUGCGUUGGCUUUAGCAGGUACGCAUGCAUGCUACAAUUCCUUAAUGUCGCGAGGUACUCAGCUGUAUAUUUUGGGCGCACGAUCCUUACACAUGAUCGCAGUACGAACAUGGACUGAGCGCAUCAGCUACCUGGUAAAAAAUCAAAGGUGGCAAGAAGCUUGUGAUCUUGCACUGGAUGGUUAUCGCGCAACUGCAGAACGACCUAAACGAAAAGCCCAGGCUAAAGAACGAAUCAUAAUGCUUUUUAAAGAGUAUUUGGCUGCUUCAGCACGUGCACCAGAUUACUGUCUGGGACCCAUAGUUAAGUGUCUGAUAACGAUCGGAGAACUGGAUUUGCUUUGGACACAGUUGUGGGAUCGAUUACAAAAUAAAAGCCUAUAUCUAAAACAUAUCACCGAACACAUAGAAAAUGACAAUAUACAUCGUGUAAACCCAACAAUAUCUCAGGCUUUGGUAGACCACUGGUUGGAAAUAUCACCUUCAAAAUUAGAGGAAAUAAUACUUAAACUGGAUUGGGCCUGUCUUGAUUUAAAUCAGGUGUUAAAGGCAGCAAAACGACACAAGCUUUAUCGCGCACAAAUCUACCUUAAUGCACAUGCGCUUGGUGAUUAUUCAAGCCCACUUACUGAGCUAAUACCAAUUAUAGCACAGGAGCCUUCCGAUCUAGGCAAUACACUACUCGUCUAUAUAUCCAGUUGCUUGGCAGGUCGGGGCUACCCGUGCGGUGAAAUUCCAGCCGAUCUGGUUCAAAAUGUGAAGCACGAAGUCCUUCGUUGCUUAACUUCCCUACAUUCGAACACUAGCGUUCCGAACGAACUUCCAUAUCCAUAUUUGCGGACUCUCCUCAAAUUUGAUACACGCGAAACAUUGAAUGUGAUUUCUUUAGCUUUUCAAGAAAAAGAAUUUAGCGGAGAGCUUGGAUUUUCCCACCGCAAGCGCAUCAUUAAUAUACUGCUUGAGAUAAUGACUCCCGAAAACACAACCUGGGCCGAGAUUGGCUGCCUUUUGAAUUUUAUUGCUCAGCAAAUAUCACAGCAAUGUCUAACACCUGACUCUCAGCUGCUGGAAAAAGUACUCAACCAUUUAUCGAAGGAGGAAAUAGCAAAUGAAACUGCUCGCCAACAUUCAGAACGAGAGAGCGCAUGGCAUGAACUGCUAAUUAACAAUUGUCUAGAUUCAAUAAGUAACGAUGAGGAACAGCUGCAGUUGGCCAAACGAGCGCAUUGUUACUAUGUUCAGGAAUAUCUAUUAGAAAAAUUACAACGUUACGAUGGCAUUGUCGAGUGUUAUUUUAACAAUAGCCUGCGUCACGAUACCAUGUUCAGCUAUAUGGAGCGACACGUUCGUCAUCCUGAGCGUAAAAUAUACCACCAAAUUGAAAAUUAUUUGCUGCGCAUGCUGGAAAUCAACGCCAAGGAAACAGCGCGAAUCGUAGACUUUUAUUAUAGUGGACAAAUAAAUAAACUUGUUGAGGUGGCUAAGAAAGAUGAACAGUCGUUAUUAACAUUUUUGGAACAUUUACAUAGACGACGAGUUGAUUUAACGACAGAACAAAGUGAGCAACUUUUGGCACUUUUAUGUAAGAAUAAACCACAUGAGGUGGAUGAUUUUGUACGGAAUGCUGACCAAUACCGCCUGGGAGAGGCGCUAAAACUAGUAUUAUCGCAUAAACUCAGCAGAGCAGCUGUUUACCUGUAUGAAAAACAAGGAAAUUAUAAAUCUGCAUUCGAGAUAUCCAUAGAAUUAUUAUCUACAUUGCAUGCUGAGGAAGCAGCUGUAUUUGCGCAAGGAAUAAGCAGUCUGUGUGUGCGAGCUAAUGAAUUACUGCCAAACAAGGAAUGUGAAAAAUUUUGGUUUACAUUACUGCAGCAAAUUCUGCCGCGUGAUGAUCUCAAAUCUAGUACUAAGAAUAUGUUGCACCUAGCAUCACAGCAUGUCGAUUUACCGAAGCUUGUACAGCUAGUUAUGAACACUCGAAAUGUAUCAGGAAAUUUCGGUGACAUUAAAGAUUUGCUAAUGAGUAUGCUCUCACAAUCUCGGCUGGAAACGGAUGCAAUGGAAAAGACACUUCAAAUAAGAGGUGAGGAACUAGCCAAUACAUUUGCAUGUAAACGGAAAGAAGUCAAGCGGGGACUUUUGGUGUCAAUAAUGCGUUGUGUCAUUUGUCAACAACGUUUGUACAAUCAGACUGACAUUCUGGUCCUAGGUAGCUGUGGGCAUGCUAUGCAUGACAAAUGUGCAGCGGCAUACAGCGAAACAUUAGAAGCGCGGGAACAUGAUGAAAUUUCCGGAUCUACGCACGCUGAAAACGACGUAUCCAUAAUGAGCGCUUCGUGUCCUCAAUGCCUUUCUGUGAUAGAAAGCACUUUCUACAGUGAUUUAAUUAAGCUAUCAGAGCCCAGCCAUACGAUUUAUCAAUUCAGCGAGGGAAGUCAUAAUUUUCAUCAGCAGCAGCACGACAUUCUUCAAACGGGUGUGUUAAGAUUGAAGGCACCACCGCGAAAAUUUACAAACAACUAAUUUAAUACCAUGGUGAAAUUUACCACACGUCUGUAGACUUUUGACAAAACAACUUCUGUGCAUUCUGUAGUAGGUUGGAAUUUAGUGUAAAAUAAUAAAAAACCUAUUUAACUUUCAUUAAGAUAGCAUCUUGAACCACUCCUAUUAAUGAUUAAAAAUUAAAAAUAUCAUUCAAAUUCAAUGAAUUACCGCUUUACAGAGAAAAUGAUAAGUUGUUUUGUCAAAUGUCCACAGAUCUUCAUACAUACAUGUGUAUAUCCAUUUGUAUGUAUGUGUGUAUAUAAAGGGAAGUCAAGAGCAUGGCAUGCAGAAGCGGGAUUAAGGCAGAUUCAUUGUUUUAGUUCAGAACUUUUCUUCCAUGUAGUUAUUGUUGCGUUUCUCUCUCUGGUAGAGCAACUGAGACAAGUUUUGAACGCUUCUGAGAUGUUAACUCAACUUUAACUAAUAACGAUGAAUCUGCCUUAAAAAGUACGUUCUUUUCUCAUAUUUAGCAUCAAAUCGAUUGCAAAUAUGAGUAAGGUGAAGCAAACCGUAUUGCUUAAAAUUUAUUUGGUCGUAUAAAGUCACUGAAACAUUUGCUCUAAAGUUGUAACUACUUUCUGAGAGGUAAAAUUAUUUUAGAAAGGACAUUUCAAUACUAUUUUUAGAUAUAACCCAAUAAACAAACAUUAGGCUUGGUUAACAAUUCGAAAAUUAUUGGAAAACUAACAUUUUCUUUAGAACAGCCCUGUAGCACUUUAAAAGAUUUCGUUUUAAAAUUUCAAGAGCCAUUUGCAUUGAUAGCGCCAUGUACAUAUUGCCGUUGUCAAUGCAAACGCCCCAUUUUGAAAAUUAUUUUUUUACAUACAUACCCUGGCGGUAACGCAUAACUUAUCACCAAAAUUUUUUUUUUCUUUAAAUCAGGUAAAAUUUUGUAAAUUAAUGAAAAAAUCAUAUUUUUUAACAUAUU